AUGGCCGACGGAAGAACGGCCCCGCCCUCCCCGUCCCUUUCCGACUGGCUCUCACGCCCCGCGGUCGCGCGGCGCGGGCCUUUAAAGAGGACCGGAAGUGGCGUGCGCAAGAGGGGCGCGCGGGUACCAUCGAGAACAAGGAGCGCUGGUUCGAGGGCGCGGCUAGAGAGGCCUCCCCCGCCCCCGUCCCUUGGCCCCGCCCUUCCGCGGAUUCCUGGAGUCACCGGCCGCUCCUCGGCUUUGGUUGGCAGGCGCGGCCGACCUGGAGGGGUGUGGUUCGUCCAUCCCCAGCGGAGACUUCGUGGAGGCUGCCCUCAGGGAGCCACGGCUGUGGGCCCCGGGACCUGCGUGGGGCAGCGGGCCGCGCCUGUGCAGUGCUCCGCCGUCCCUGCGCCGGGUGACAUUGAGGCUCCGCCGCGGCGCUGUCCAAAGGCGGCUUUGAUGGUCGAGGCUGCCUCUUCUCAGAGUUGCUUCCCUAGUCUUAAGCUUUGCCUCCGUUAUUACAAGAGCCUAACGCCGGCCACGAUUCUUUGAAGUCACUAUGGAUUGGGAAGUGUAUGUAUUAAGGUCGACUCCAGGGCUCCUUUUUUUUUACGAGUUACAGUCCUUGUAUUAAACAGGAUAUAUAAAUGUCAUGAAUCAUCUUUA